UUGAGGAGGCUAGAAAUAGCAUAAUUAGUGGUGAAAUAAAUAAAUUAAGAAGUGAAAAUUCUAGUUCUACAAAAUUAAGUAUCGGUCUUGGAGUUGUAACCAUUGCCGAUUUGCCGGAAGAAGGACCGAAGAAAGAGGAAAAAUAG